AUGGGUCACAACGGACCUGUCGCCGUCUCUGCCCCAGGCAAAGUCCUGCUGGCCGGCGGAUAUCUGGCAUUGGAUCGCAAGUAUACUGGUCUGGUCUUUGGACUGGAUGCUCGUAUCCACGUGUUGAUUCAGGAUAUUCCGACGAGCAAUGGCAUUGUUCUUAACGAGAUCACUGUCAACUCGCCCCAAUUCCUCGAUGCCGUCUGGGAGUAUGGCUACCGGCUGGCUGAGAGGGAUGGCGGCAUUGAGGUUACACACCUGAGAGCGGACGCCGAUCUCAAUCUCAAUCGCAAUCCCUUCAUCGAGACCACUCUCAGCUAUGUCUUGAGCUACAUUACCAGCCUGGCAGGCCCCAACAUCACCCCCUCAGCCAUCACAGUUCUGGCUGACAACGACUACUAUUCCACCCCAGCCGACAUAUCCAAUGGCUCCUCCAAGCGCAGAUUUCACAAAUUCGCGGUCCCUCUGUCCAAAGCUCCAAAGACCGGUCUGGGAUCGUCUGCUGCUCUGGUCACCGCAGUCACUGCCGCUCUUCUCACCUACUACCUGCCCAAGUCCAAGUUUGAUCUGAUCACCAACACCAGCAAGCGGCGUCUCCACAACCUCGCCCAGGCAGCUCACUGCGCCGCUCAAGGCAAGGUUGGAUCGGGCUUUGAUGUUGCUUCUGCUGUCUAUGGAACCUGUCUCUACCGACGUUUCUCGCCUGCUCUGCUCACCAGCCAUGCCGAGCCGGGAGUCCCGAAAUUUGCGUCAGAGAUACAGGAUAUCGUCGAAGAAAAUCACCAUGGUCUACGCUGGGAUACGGAAAUCCACAAGGACGCCGUCAAGAUCCCAAAGGGUCUUCGGCUUAUCAUGUGCGAUGUCUCAUGUGGAAGCAAAACGCCUGGGAUGGUAAAGCAAGUCUUGUCCUGGAGAAAGGAGAAACCAGAGGAAGCGAAUGCAAUCUGGGAUGAUCUUCAUGCCGCGAAUGAAGCACUUGCUGCAGAGUUCAAAAACGCUGCGGAAGGCGGCAGCGACAAGAAUUAUACGAAACUCUCAGAAUGCUUCACACACAUCCGCAAACUGAUUCGCCUCAUGUCUGAGAAAAGCGACGUUCCCAUCGAACCGCCCGCUCAGACCGAACUCCUGGAUGCAUGCGAGAAAGUGCCCGGCGUAAUUGGAGGAGUGGUCCCAGGAGCAGGAGGCUACGACGCCAUCUCGCUCUUGAUCGAAGACAAAGCAGAAACCAUCGCAGGCCUAGAGAAACUCCUUUCAGGAUGGAGAUUUCAAGGCGAUGGACAGAGUACCGAGUCUGGCGGCAAAGUGAGCAUGUUAGGAGUCCGGGAGGAAAUGGAAGGCGUCAAAGCAGAGGACGCAAAGACCUAUCUACAGUGGUUGAGGGAGUUUUAG